CCUCUUUCUGGGGCCGAGCAAACGCAGCGGGUGGUCUGUUCCCUGGAGACCGCCUUGAGGAGGGAGGAGAGAGAGCGAGGGAGAGAAAAGAGGAGGCGCUCGUUACAACAGUCACCAACCUGUGGAUGGUGGCGGCGCGUGCUGCGGAUUAGAGACAGUCUCGCGCUGGGGUCAGUGCUCGCGAGCCCGUCUCGAGGCGCGACGGUUGCCGCCAGGACCGCGACCACAAGUGCCAGACAUGCGCUACUUGUGAAGAAGAGCUCUGGCUGUAUGAAUGGCACCGCUAUGGACGAAGUCCCGUUUCCCAGAGUCCGCACGCGGCGGAGGAAAAGUCGCUGCCUGGCCGGCGCGUGCGAGCGCGAGUUUGACUGCAAGGAGCUCGAGACUCUCUUCCAGAAGUACAACCUGAAGCUCGAGCAGACCGCGACGCUCAAAGCGCUGGCCAUCCUCAUUCUCGCCGCGUCCGCGCUGGCGCUCGUGGAGCUGCUCUCCGCCGGCUCGCGCUUCACCGUGUCCAAGGGCUCGCACCCGGUCCACUGCGUCAUCUUCACCUCACUCUUCAUCGUCACCAACGUCAAAUAUCUGCAGGUCACGCAGCUGCAGCAGAUCGCGCGGCUCGCGCUGCUUUUCAGCUUCACGUUCGCGUUGCUCUGUUGCCCGUUUCCUCUCGUGCUGGGUCACGGGACGCAGGGCGCGCAGGGGCCUGACGCACCGAGCGCAACACCUGAGCAAGGUGUCUGGCAGCUGAUGCUCGUUACGUUCGUUGCCUACUCUCUGCUACCGGUCAGGACGCUCUUGGUGGUUUUGUUCGGCAUCCUUGUAGCUGCGUCUCAUUUCAUCGUGACGGCGACAUCGGUAACGGCGCGUAGACCUCGCGUGUGGACACCGCUGGUAGCAAAUGCAGUGUUGCUGGUCGGCGUGAAUCUGUCUGGUGUGUUUGUGAGAGUCCUUACUGAGCGCGUCCAGAGGAAGGCCUUCCUACAGGCCAGAAACUGCAUCCAACAGCGCCUGCAACUAGAGGACGAGAACGAGAAGCAGGUCAGACUUUCACGACAUAUAUUAAUACAGCAAAAUAUUAUGGGAGCCAUGAAAAUGAUCAAAAAAUGGCCACCAGAAAGAAUCUUCCAUAAGAUAUACAUCCAACGACAUGACAACGUCAGCAUCCUGUUUGCAGACAUUGUGGGCUUUACCAGUCUAGCUUCACAGUGCACAGCCCAGGAGCUGGUCAAACUGCUGAACGAGCUCUUUGGGAAGUUUGAUGAACUCGCUACAGAAAACCAUUGCAGGAGGAUUAAGAUCUUGGGAGACUGUUAUUACUGUGUGUCCGGCCUGACCCAGCCCAAAGCGGACCACGCUCACUGCUGUGUGGAGAUGGGUCUGGACAUGAUCGACACCAUCACGUCUGUUGCGGAAGCGACUGAGGUGGACCUGAACAUGCGUGUGGGUUUGCACACGGGCCGUGUGCUGUGCGGGGUUCUGGGGCUCCGCAAGUGGCAGUAUGACGUCUGGUCCAAUGAUGUGACAUUAGCUAACAUGAUGGAGGCAGGAGGAUUGCCUGGGAAGGUUCAUAUCACCAGGGCAACGCUGGAAUGUCUGAAUGGAGAUUACGAGGUAGAGCCGGGAUUAGGCCACGAGAGACACACUUUCCUUAGCAAACAUGCCAUCGAGACAUUCUUCAUCGUGCCCUCACACAGACGCAAGAUUUUUCCUGGGCUGAUCCUAUCAGACAUAAAGCCAGCGAAAAGGAUGAAGUUUAAGACAGUCUGUUACCUGCUGGUGCAGCUCAUGCACUGCAGAAAGAUGUUCAAGGCUGAGAUCCCUUUCUCCAACGUCAUGACCUGUGAGGAUGAUGACAAGAGACGAGCGCUACGAACAGCUUCUGAGAAGCUGCGCAAUCGGACGUCAUUUUCGGCGGGCAUGGUGCAGAACUCUCCCGGGACCAGAGUGAACCGUUACAUCGGCCGUCUGAUAGAAGCACGACAGACAGAGUCAGAGACGGCAGACCUCAACUUCAUUACCCUCACAUACAGGAGCAGAGAGAGAGAGCAGAGAUAUCAGCAAGUGUAUGACGAUGCCUUCAUCAGUGCGGUGGUUAUCUCGCUUGUCCUCACCUCAUUUUUUGGAGUGGUCUAUUUUCUCAUCAUUCCUCAAGGUCUUCUGGUUGUGAUUCUGCUGGUUCUCUGUUUGUGUUUCCACAUGGCAAGUGUGAUGUACCUUCACAUCACUCAUGUGCAGUGCUCUCCUGACUGUCUGACCCUGCAGAUCAGAACGGUUCUGUGUGGGUUUCUGGUGCUGCUGAUGUACUCCGUGACCCAGGGGUGUGUGGUGGAAUGUGUACCGUGGUCACUGGAGGGGAAUUCCAAUGUUUCCAUGGUGACAAUUGUCACCGUCAACGGGACCAGCGUGGGCUCCGGGGUGUGCAAAUACACUCCGUACGUAUUUUUAUCAUGUGUGAUGGCGUCGCUAUCUGUGGCUCUGUACCUCCGUGUGUCAUCACUACCCAAGAUCCUCCUGCUUCUCCUUCUCAACAUCCUCCACACUGUCGUCAUGGAGACUAGCAGCUAUCGGAAGGCCAUAGGAGGUGGAUUCUUUCACACACACAGCUAUGACCCUGUUCUGGCAAUGCUGCUGUUUUCUGGAGCUUUGGUGCUUCACUGCAGACAGCUGGAUCUCAAACUCAGACUGGACUACCUCUGGGCCACCCAGGCUGAGGAGGACAGAGAUGACAUGGAGAGAGUGAAGUUGGACAAUAAGAGGAUUCUGUUCAAUCUUCUGCCUGCACAUGUAGCUCAACACUUCCUGCUCUCCAACCCACGAAACAUGGACCUGUAUUAUCAGUCUUACUCUCAGGUGGGCGUCCUGUUCGCUUCCAUCCCCAACUUUAAUGACUUCUACAUUGAGCUGGAUGGAAACAACAUGGGUGUGGAAUGCCUCCGGCUGCUAAACGAGAUCAUCGCUGACUUUGAUGCGCUGAUGGAUAAGGAAUGCUACAGAGACAUUGAGAAGAUCAAAACUAUUGGCAGUACUUACAUGGCUGCGGUCGGACUCGUCCCCACUGAGGGAUCCAAGGUAAAGAAGUCCAUUUCUGAGCACCUGUGCACAGUGGCUGAUUUCGCCAUCGAGAUGUUUGAUGUACUGGAUGCGAUCAACUACCAGUCCUACAAUGACUUUGUGCUUCGAGUUGGUAUCAAUGUGGGUCCAGUAGUUGCUGGUGUAAUCGGGGCUCGCAGGCCUCAGUACGACAUCUGGGGAAACACAGUCAACGUUGCCAGCAGAAUGGACAGCACUGGAGUUCAGGGAAAAAUACAGGUGACCGAGGACGUCUUCCGCCUACUCUCCGGUUAUUAUCACUUCCAGUGUCGUGGCCAGGUCAGCGUGAAGGGCAAAGGUCAAAUGCUCACCUACUUUCUGGAAGGCCGAACCACGCACACGCGAUCCAAGAGCCCCGAGCGUGGGUCGAGCCCCUGCAUCCGGACCAAACUGGGAUCAGCACCCGCUGUCAGCAGCUACGGGGUGAAAAGUCACACUGUAGGGCACGUUAGCACCCCAAACAACAGCAUUUUGUACCUGCCCUCUGUAUCCGUUGACAUGGAGAUGGAGGUGUGAUCACCAAGAAGACGGGUUCUAUGGUGAUCAAUCGAUGCAUUAGUAAAUCAGAGGCAGGGAGGGAAACCGAGCACAAGGUAGGAGCGAGAUGAAAAACGAGGAGAGAAGAGACAGUCUUUGCACAUUCAAACGUGCCAAACCGAGAAAGGCCCUCCCCCUUCACGCAAGUACAUAAUAAGCAUGUAUGUCUUUCCGUGUCCACGUAUGCGUGUGUUUUAAUGAGUCUUCCCCGACCAACAGGAUAUCAGGGUCUCCUAAACGGGAGCAUGCGAUCUACUGCAAAAGUCAGCUUCACACCAGCCGAGGAGACACGUACCCACCGUGUGUGAGUGUGCGUGCUUCUGUGUUAUCUUGCAUCUGAAAAUGUCAAGAGAUGCCACGGCGAUGAAUAUUUUGAACAUGUGAGCGGUGAGGACCAAACAUUUCGUUUAAAACAGCGCUGUAUUUUGUACGAGACUGAGUAAGGCCAGUUUCUGAGACGACGGAACGUGUGGGGUUUUUCCCACCAAGACAAAGGAAAAGCUGGUUGCUCAUAUUGAGAUUUGCUUCGGAUAAAUUGUUUACAUGAAGAACACGUCACGGGUUUACAGACCUGAUAG